AUGUCUGAUUCUCGUGUCUGCAGAGAUGAACACUACCACCUAUUGCCUGUGGUGAGGAUGUGCUUGAAGCGGGACCUGAGGACCCAAUUUGAGACUAAUAUUAGUGUUGGAGUUUGUUCCAGGAUUUCUGCUCUUCUGGACUAUGCUCUUCCUUUAAAGCAGAUGAUAGCUCAUUUAUUGGUUAAACAAGGUGCAAAUGAAGGAGUUCAUGAAACUGCAUCUGGGUGAAAGCCGUAAUGUUUUUAUUCUAGGAGAUGCUGAAGAAAUUAAUUUCAAAUCUCUUUAGUUUUCGGUUGAGCAGUUCUGAAACAGUCGUUUAAUGAUACAAUUUGUGAGAGCUCAUCAUACAUUGAUGAUAAUAUGUCGGGUGCAG